GGAUUGGACAGUCUCACGUCUGCAUUGGCUGCAAGUGAGGCUGCAAUUCCUUGAUCAGGAAUUGAGGUGAAGCGUGUUAGAUAUUGAUUCCACGCCAAAUUUUGUGUUAAAUGGAAAGAUCAUGAAAGAUCAACCAGAAUAUUUUCAAGAGCAACAUGUUGCUUUUAAUUAAGAAGCCUGCUAGCAAACAAGCUCAUGUGGUGUUGUUUUAUUGUUGUCAGGUUUUGAAGCUUUUUAAAUUACUACACAGAACUCGGCAAGAAGUUUUUAGAAACGAUACCAGAGCCCUUGAAGCUGCAAGACAAAAGAUAAAUGAAGAAUUCAGGAAUAACCCAGAUGAGACAUCUGAAGAAAAGAUAAACGAGCUUCUGAAAAUAGCUUCAGAUGGUGAAGUGAUUCUCAGAACGUCUGUUGUUCAGGCGGUUCACAGAGAUUCUGACAAAAUGCUGCUCGUAGCCAGAAAAGAUCUGCUACAGGACAACACUCCUUACUUUGAUAAAACAACAAAAAAGCGUGACUCUUGAGGAAAAUAUACCCCUCUCCCCAGAAGUUUGAUAUCCUUUCAUGAGAUCUCUGAAAACCAAUCGCGGAUACCUGUUUUAAAGCUACAUCUUAAAAACCGUUAAAUAUUGUUAGCAGAAAAAUAGAAACUGAAACCAAGCCACGGAUUUUGUUGUGUGCUCUGAUACCGUCGUGCGCUUCGUCUGCGGAAGAUACGGAUACUUGCACAGAAACUCAAGAAGCCCAGUUAAUCUUAAAAAUACGCUGCUGAAUUGUGUUCCUUCAGCAGGGUCAUUUUUAAUUGUGACAGUCGUCAGGUUGUUUCCUAUCAAUCUGCGGUUUUCCAAGCUAAAUACACGAUAAAUGCAGUUUGUAGUCUUGAUAAUAUUUAUUUGUAAGUUUAUUGUCGGUCGUACGCUGCUUCGAAGAAAGGAGAAACCAUCUUGUGGCCUUUACCUUUAUACUUUGCACCAAAAGCAUGAUUUCUGAAGUUAACUGUGCGCCAAUAUCUUGUGGCGUUUGAGAGAGUUCUUAAGGUUUAUCUGAAUAAAUUGUUCAGGUUUUGCACAUGGCAGAGAGGGUGUAAUGUUUUUCUUCCGCCCCUCCAUGUUUGAAUGCGCAAGCAUGGCAGGGUUGGGGUUCUUGGCUGGCAGCAGAACAAGAACGCAGCCACAGCCACAGCCGAACUUCAGGGUGUUCGUUUAGCCCAUAUGGUUUAUGAAUGUCAGGGUUUUGUGCUACCUUGGGGUUAUAGACCGACUUACUGAGCCAUUUGCCAAAGAAAAGAAGCUUGUUGCUUAGUCACAAAAGAGCUGCCUUGCCUAGAGGGAUUUUUGGGCGAGUUUAUUUACUGAGCCCUUGUCCCUGCCUGUUUUUGGAAGGUAGCCUUAUUUGCUUCGUGUGCAAUUCAUGACAGCGCACGGCGGGGGGCGCUGCGCUGCGGGCAGGGCGCGGCGCGGCGCGGCCCCUCCCGGCGGCUCGGGGCGCGGCGGAGGAGGAGCGGGCGGCGGCGCGGCCGCUGGAACGCGAGGAGCUGCGGCGUUUCCCUCUCAAGUUGGAGCUAAUUGGGGAACUCUUCGGUGAGUAACUUGCUGCUUCAAGAAAGGACGAGAGUAACUGAAGUUGUGAAAGUCAGGUUCAUAUAACACUAGGGACCAAAGAAGCAUAUAUAACGUUUCUGUCGUGCUGGGACCAACCUUCUGAAAGAAGACUCUAAACUUUUUGCCUUCAAGUGACUUGUCCUGGGACUGACUUGUCUUUGGAGAAGAGCUUAACAGGGAGAAGAUUUUCAGAUUGGAACCAUUAUAAAUAAAACUAUUUAAAGAACUUGCUACCUGGAGACAGAUUGACAGAGUUAAAGUCCUGCUUUUCAUCGGUGUUUCCACUUCACACUGUAAACAAUGAGUGAGUUUUGGUUGUGUUUCAACUGCUGUAUUGCAGAACAGCCUCAGCCU